AUGACCGACUGCUACGAUAUAGUCGUUGUAGGCGCUGGCCCGGUAGGGCUCAUGCUGUCAGCAUGCCUCUUGCGCUUGGGACCGUAUAAAAUCAAACACAUUGACCAGCGGCCCUUCCCGACAAAGACUGGGCGCGCGGCUGGGAUCCAGGCGCGGACUCUCGAUGUGUUGCAGAAUUUGGACCUAAAACAUACCAUUAUGUCUGAUAACCCAGGACAAAUUUACGAGGUUGCAUUCUGGAAUGCUUCGAACGACGGGCGGGGGAUUCGACGAACGGGGACAGCGAAGACUUAUCCUGAUUACAUCGAUACGAGGCAUCCGUUCUCUACCAUUCUCCACCAAGGCCGGAUCGAGAAAAUAUUCCUGGAUGAUUUAAGAAAGCGAGGGCUCGACAUCCAGAGAACCUCGACCAUUGCAGGGGUUAGGAAUGAGCCAUGCGGAGAGUAUCCCGAGCAUCCACUGGUAGUGGACCUCGUCAGCGUGAACGGGAGAGAACGUUCGACUGUGCGAACGAAAUAUUUGUUUGGUGCGGAUGGAGCGCGAAGCCGGGUGAGGCAUCUUCUUGGGGUGCCGAUGUUGUCGAAAGAUUCUACAAUGCAUGUGUGGAGUGUCAUUGACGGGGUGGUAAAAAGCGACUUUCCGGACAUUCAGAUCAAAUCUACCGUCCAUUCCUCUAAAGGGUCCGCCAUGAUAAUUCCUCACGGCAACAACGUUGUCCGUAUCUAUGCUCAGAUGUUUCCGGGGAAGGGACAAGAACCUCUCACGUUUGCGACAGUACCGAAAAUCCAGCAGGCGGUCAAUGAAAUCCUUGCUCCAUAUAAAGUGGAGUGGGACGAGGUGGAGUGGCACUCUGCAUACCGAAUCGGACAAGGGCUCGUCUCCAGAUAUACUCUCGAUGAGCGAGUUUUUAUCGGAGGAGACGCAUGCCAUACGCACAGCCCCAAAGCCGGCCAGGGAAUGAACUACGGCUUCCUAGAUGCACACAAUCUCGCAUGGAAGCUACACCUGGUCGAAUCUGGCUUUCUCCAGCGCUCCCUUCUGAAGACCUACGAAGGGGAGCGUAAGCUGGUAGCAGCAAAGCUCCUCGAGUUUGAUGCGACAUACGCGAACUUGUUCAGUUCUCGUCAGCCCGCUGGCGCGAAUAAGGGCACGCCGAACUCGGAGUUUGUCCACGUAUACAAGCAAAACUCGUUCUUGACGAGUGGCUACGGUGUCGAGUAUCCUGUUAACAGCUUAACCUGGCCUACAGAAACUUCACCGUCACCAAACCCAACACCCCUGCGUACUGGUCACAGCUUCCCUACCGCAACUGUAACAAGAGUUAUUGAUGCCCGUCCCGUCCACCUUGAACAGGAGAUCCCCUUCAACGGCAGCUACCGGAUCUACAUCUUUGCAGGAAAACCUGCAACUACCUCGAAGGCGAUACUCGAUCUUGCCGAUAAUCUACAGGCCAAGAGCAGCAUCUUUCGCCGAUAUCAGCGAAACAUUGAUAUUUCGUACGAAGGAAGACAUAAUCCUCACUCCCCAUUCUUCACCUUUUCGCUGGUUUUCCACGCACCGCGAUCGACGAUUGAAAUCCAGGAAUGCCUUCCGGACUAUUUUGCCUGCUAUAGGUAUCACGUUUACGCGGACGAUCGCGAAAUGUCGCAGGGAGGCGAAGCCACGGAAAGGAGCGCUCAUGUCAAGAUGGGAUUCGAUGCAGAUAAGGGUGGUAUCGUCGUCGUGCGUCCCGAUGGAUACGUUGGAUGUGUUCUCGAUCUAAGUAAGGGGAUAACGAGUGCAUCAGCUUUGAAUAGAUAUUUUGAGGCAAUAGUGCCAGGAAAUGAGCACGAUGCCGUGGCAGCAAGACUGUAA